GAGUUUAAAUUUUGGCGCCAAGACUCGACCAGCUGAUGGAAAUCAUCGGCAGACUGAAACACCUAAGCCAUUCCUCUAAAUUUGUAAGAACUCGUGUGUGUAUCAGUUCGUAUUGCGAAAUUGCCAUGAUUCGGACCUACCACAAAUGUGUUCUCAUCGGACCGGAGAAGAUUGGGCUUCAGGAUGGCGAAGAAGUCACUCUUAAAGGAAAGGCCGGCAGCGAGCAGGUUCGGAUAAGUCCCGAUUUCUCUACCGGUUAUAUUAGAGUUCUUCAGUUAGUGGACUCACAGAAGACUGUCAUACCUGAGCGGUCUGUGCUUUUGAAGACUAGGUUUGACUCCUGCUUAGUAAAACAUCGAGAACGAAUUCGACUGGCAAAGGAUAUCUAUUACGAAGUUUCUUUCCCACCGUGUGAUAGAGAACUUGAAACUUCAUCUUCGAUCGGUGGCCAAAAGCGCAAAGUAACAAAGGUAGAGCUGACAAAGGCAGAAUCGCUAGCGAAAAAACCAAAGGUGGCCACCACUGAACAGAAAUCUCUCCUUGCUAAAACAGAUAAUGGCUCGGAGUCGACCAAUUCGGAAUCAUCGUUAGAGACAACACUAGCUGGCUCGUGGGAGGAUAUUUCGGACUUAAAAGUUCUCGUCUUCCAACCACUGAAGAGAAUUCGCUCUACAAAGUGCGCUUGCUUCGAUAUGGAUGGCACUUUGAUUACUACAAAAAGCGGAAAGCAGUUCCCUGAAGAUAUGCGAGAUUGGCGACUUUUAUACCCAGAAUCUAUUUUAACAAAAAUAAAAAAACUCAACGAUGAAGGAUACCGAUUGGUGAUCUUUUCGAACCAAGGGGGUCUAGCCACUGGUAAAGAAAGCAAAACCAAUCUCCAGCGGAAGUUCAUGCAAAUCAUGAAGAAGAUAGACGUGGCUAUGACAAUGUACCUUACGUAUGGUCGCGGCAUCUACAGAAAACCUUGUGAUGGGCUUUGGUCUCUCCUGGAAAGCGAUAACGGUCCUUUGGAUAAACGUGCGUCCUUCUAUGUGGGCGAUGCUGCCGGUCGUCCUAAAGACUGGCAGCCCAAGGCCAGGAAAGACCACUCAAAAGUGGAUCGCCUUUUUGCACUAAACUACGGUGUACCAUUUUUCACCCCGGAAGAAUUCUUCCUUAAACAUCCGGUAGUAAAGUUCGACAUGCCCGAAUUCGACCCCAAAUCGCUUUUCAAUAAUCGCGUGUACGGAACGGUUAUCGAACCCGCUUCCGAUAAAGGUACAGAAUUUGUAUCGAUCCACAACAUGGCCGCCGAUCAUUCCGAGGUUGUCUUGUUUGUCGGAUACCCCGCCUCAGGCAAGAGUACAUUAGCCAAGCGCCUGGUUGAAGAGGAAAGUUACGUCCACAUUUGCCAAGAUAUGCUAGGCAGCCUAGAUCGCUGCGUCAAGGCUGUUAGGGAAGCCCUAAAAAACAAGCGAAAAGUGAUCGUUGACAAUACCAAUGUGGGAAAGGAACAACGUAAAAGGUACGUCGAUCUGGCUAAGGAAGCAGGUGUACCAUGCCGUUGCUUCUGGUUUAACUGCUCCAUAAAUCAGGUUCGUCACAACAACAAAUUUCGUCUGCUAACGGGAACCGAUGCACAGCACAAGGACGUCAACGACAUAACAUUAUUUUCACUUAGAAAAAAGUUCGAAGAGCCGGAGGCAAAUGAAGGUUUUAACCAAAUCGUUGUAAUGAAGAUGGUGCCACAUUUUAAAGUCCAACACCAUCAACAACUAUAUUUUAUGUAUCUUCUCGAAGAUUAAAGGAUCGUAAAUUUUUUUGAGUAGCGAUAAAAGAAAAUUGAUGUUUUCAAUUUUUCACUAUGUGUAGUGCAGCUUUAGAGGCACCUAAUGUGUAUUUGCUAUAUAUAUAUAUAUAUAUAUAUAUAGUUUGUGUAUAUGCGUUUCUGUUGCGGUAAUUGGAAUAAUGAUUGUAUUGGUCUUCGGACUGACAUAUGUACAUAUAUGAUAUGUUCAAAAAAGUACCCAGCCCUAUGAGAAAAGAAUCAAAGUUUCAAAGAUAGCCUUUCAUACCUCAUAAUUGAUGUUCGUUCCAUUUGUAUAAACACAUCUCCUAGAUAGUGAUGUUGAUUUCGAACUUCGAUCGCAACCGCAUGCACCAAACAAGACUUCAAGCUAAAUAUUCUCUUAUCAUUUGCAAUCCUUUUCGUUUUUUCGUUGCUUCUAGUUGCUAACUAAGAAUGUAUUUUUUGAGUAAGGAAUAAAAAUGUAUGCAUAAUGUUGCUUUUAAAACUUAGAACUGUGCAACUCCCUGAACACCUUGAAUAUUGCAUAUAAUGUAUCCAUUGCUACACCAAUACAUUGUGUUUACCUAUGUCUAAGAUUGAGAUAUCUUUACAUCCAAGCCAUUCGCCGUGUGGUCAUUCAGUAGUAAAUAGACUUUGUUAUAUGUGAGGGGUAGGGAGGGGGGAGUCAAGAGAUUUACCAGUAGACAACAAUAUAUGUACAACUAUGGCCUUCCAUCGUACGUUAAUACGCUUAUGUAAACUCUAAUAAAAUUCAUUUAGCCAAUUAAAAUAUCGCUAAUAUUAACAUCGCAUUAAUCCGUUUGUCUUAUUAACUAGUGAUUUAAA